AUGAGGUUGCAAGAACUUCAAGAUGCUAUAAACAAACUUCCAUUGAGACAUCCAAUUGACGUCAAAUUGUAUUGGAGAGCAUCUGAGUUAGGUCAGAAGGUUUUAUAUGAAACAGGUUGCUUCGACGAUGUUUAUGAGAUAACAGGAGAAGUUUCUCAGAAGAUAAGAGACUCACUUGAAUUUCCACGAACUGGACCCAUUGGUUGCGACAAGUUCGACUCAGAUGAAAAGAUAUACUAUGUCGACCUUAACGCUGCGUACAUGAGGUUCGUCCAAUAUAUCCCGACUGGAAUUCCAAACGAAGAUGGUGAGUUCCCAGGAAGGAACUAUACAGUUGGAAAAGUCAUACAACAACUGUAUGAUAUUAGGAAAGCUUCAAACCCCAAACUUGCAAUGACACUCAAAUUGCUUAUGAAUUCGACAUGGGGAUAUUCCAUUAAGAAACCUCAAGAGAUGAAGAGUAAACAUUAUGAGAAGGUCGACAACUUUGUUGAAAGGUUUUCUCCUUUUGUUUUGAAGUACGAAUUCACUCAAGGUCAAAGUGGCUUAGUAACCACAUUAAAACCUAUUGUCGAACAUUGGUCUUACCCUCAGUUCGCAAAGGCAGUCCUUGACAACUACAACAAAUUCUUCUCCGAAGUCAAAUCCAAAGUGAAGGUUUACUAUGAGAACAUUGACGCACUCAUGACGAACGAAGAAGGCUAUAACAAACUCAUUGAAAUGGGAAUGGUCGGUGAAAAGAUGG